AUGGACCCCUCCAUCCUUCGCGAGCUCUCGAAGCUCGACCCCGCGGUACCGUUCCGCUCAUCGACCGAUCAUCUGCAUCACACAUGGGCCAAGACAUUCUUCUCGCGCCCGGAGUUGUACAUCCGCCCACAAACCAUUCCAGAGAUCCAACAGCUGGUGACUCUCGCCCGUCGCUGUCGUCGCCGCAUCGUAACAGUCGGCAGCGGCCACUCGCCCUCCGAUUUGACUUGCACCUCGUCAUGGCUUGUCAACCUCGACAACUUCAAUCGCAUCCUCCACGUUGACCCGUCAACUGGCUCGGUAACCGUCGAAGCAGGCAUCCGAUUGAGCGAACUGGGCGCACAACUGGAGAAACAUGGCCUGACACUUGAGAACCUGGGCAGCAUCGACAGCCAAUCCAUAGCUGGCGUCAUCGCCACUGGCACCCACGGCAGCUCCCUACGCCACGGCCUGGUGUCGGAAUGCAUCGACUCACUCGGCCUGGUACUCGCCAAUGGCCAGCUAGUACGCUGCAGCCCGACAAACAACCCGGACCUGUUCCGCGCGGGACUGGUGUCGCUCGGAGCGCUCGGAAUCGUCGUCGAGGUCACCUUCAAAGCGACGCGCACGUUCAAUAUCGCCUGGCGCCAGGAGCGGUAUUCGCUAGCUCGCGUGCUGGACGAAUGGUCGACGGGUCUGUGGACAUCGCAUGAGUUCGUGCGCGUUUGGUGGCUGCCUUAUGAGAAAGGCGCUAUUGUCUGGCGUGCUGAUAAAACCGACCUCCCGCUGCGCGCUCCCCGAAAAACUUCUACGGCGACUCGCUAG